AUGCCAUCACGAAAGCUCCGCGUGGCUGCGGCCCAGAUGGGCGCAACACAUUACAACGACCCCCGGCCCAAGACAUUGAACCGCAUGAUAUCACUUCUUGAAGCCGCAGCCGCAAAGGGAGCACAACUAGCCCUCUUCCCCGAAGCCGCCUUCACAACCUUCUUCCCCCGACACCUGAUCAACGACCCCUCGGAACUUGACUCUUUCUUCGAGCACGGCGAUGUAGCGACGCAGCCGCAGACAAAGCCGCUCUUUGAUAAGGCCAACCAGCUCGGCGUCGACAUCUCGGUCGGCUUUGCCGAAAAAGCCGACAAUGGCGAAACCUUCAACUCCUGCAUCUACUACCACGCAAAGAGCGGCUCUGUCCUCUCAAAAUACCGCAAGAUUCAUCUCCCUGGUGAUUUUGAGCCCUUUGCGGAUCCAGAUGCCACAAACCAGCUGGAAAAGCGCUACUUCAAGCCCGGUGACCUCGGGUGGAAUGCGUUCCGGGUACCCGAUCUGACGGAGCCGGAUGCGGCACCGGAGCGCGGGGACCCCAUCUUCGGCAUGAUGAUCUGCAACGACAGGAGAUGGGCCGAGAGCUGGCGCGUCCUGGGUCUGCAGGGCGUCGAGGUCGUGCUCUGUGGCUACAACACAGCCGGCUUCGCGCCGCAUCUCUGGGGAACUAGCGCCAGCAUGGAUCCGGACGAGGCGAGGAACAAGGCCGUCUUCCAUCACAAGUUGGUGAUGCAGGCUCAUAGUUACACGAAUGCCUGCUUCAGUAUAAGUGCAGCGAGGUGCGGUCUUGACGAUGGGAAGUACGACCUGAUUGGCGGAAGCUGCAUCACAGGACCGGAGGGCGAGGUCAUCGCCGAGGCAUCUACGACAGAGGAUGAGGUCGUCUAUGCGGAAAUCAACCUGGACGAGUGCCGGCCAGGCAAAGAACGCACAUUUGACUUUGCCAGACAUCGUCGCGUGGAGCAUUACAGUCGCAUCACGGAACAGACCGGCGUCGUGGAGCCUCCCAAGCUCACAUCUGCCACCGAGCAGAAUCACGAUAGAGCAGCAAGCAAUAGCAUCACACCCCGAAAGACUGAAAAGAAGAUCCGCAUCCUCCUCAUCAACCCAAACAGCACCCGCGCCAUGACCGACGCCUGCGUCGCAAUGGUCGAGAGCCAAUUACCCCCAGACGUCCUCGUAACAGGCUUUACGGCGCCCCGGCCGGCGCCCUCAGCCAUCGAAGGCAGCUUCGACAACGUAAUGUCCGCGGCGGCUGCGGCCCGCGCCGUCCUGCCCCUCGCGGCAACACACGAUGCCGUCUUGGUGGCGUGUUACUCUGAUCAC